AAACGAAUCGUUCCAAUGUGUAUCACUUACAUAUAUUCUUAUCGUUUAAUUAAAAUUACUCUCUUAUCAUAACCUUUUCCACACGGCCUGUUUCUUGCCUUAUCUACUUAUCUACAUAUUACUCAGACUUAAAGUAAUUCAACCCAUUUACUCUCUUUCAAUCGCCUCGUUGUAAACUCAACUCAAUUUACUGUGAAUAAUUCUUCAUCCAGAAUAAACUUUAUCCAAAUCGGUUUUUAUUUUUAAAAAAAUUCCAAUUUUAAUAAUGAUAUUACCAACUUUCAUUUUAGUCGUGGUGGGCUUAAUUGCGCUUUCCCACUCCCAAGAAGCCGUCCGACCUUACAUGGGCUGGAGCUCGUGGAGUCUCCAGGCAACCACGAUGCCCGGUCAUGGCCUUUCUUGGCUAAAGGAAGACAACGUUCUACGCCAAAUCGACGUCAUGGCCGCCACCCUGAAGGAUUUUGGUUAUACUUAUAUAAAUAUCGAUUCUGGAUGGAAUGCUGACUUCGAUUGGAACGCGGGAUUCGACCUGAACGGAAGACCGAUCCCGAAUCCGGCCCGAUUUCCUCGAGGGAUCGACUUUGUCGCGAAUUACGCACACGAAAGGGGGCUUAAGCUAGGAAUUUACGCCCCUGUCGGGCUACCAAUGGGAGUGUUUGGGUCCGAUCAAGACAACAAGGUCAACUUCGACGUUUCCGGACCUUCCGGAAACUGUACCGGGUUUGAUCUCGUAUAUCCAGAUUUUAGGGUGACUAAUGGGUGGGAUUCUUCGUACAAAAUGGAUUUUGACAAUUCUUGCGCGCAAGAGUUUAUUGAUUCUAUUGCCGAGCUGUUUGUCCAGUGGGAAAUUGAUUUCUUCAAGUUGGACGGAGUUGGGCCGGGAAGUUGGAAAAAUGGGUCAAAUUAUGACAAUCGUCCCGACGUUGCCGCGUGGCGCUCCGCCUUUGACAAGACGGGCCGCUCUGUCAUCCUCGAAAUCAGCUGGGAACUCGACAUCACCUUCAUCGCAGACUGGACCGCCUCCGCUUCCGGCUGGCGCAUCGACACGGAUGUCGAAUGUUACUGUGACACACUAGUCAGAUGGACGCAAUCCGUCGUCCAGCGUUUCGACGACAUCGUUCCCUGGAUCGAUCACGCCGGUCCUGGCAGAUGGAACGAUCUGGACACGAUCAACGUCGGCAACGGGACGAUGGACGGCUUAACGGAGGACGAACGUCGCAGCUACAUGACCUUGUGGGCGAUAUCUAGCGCGCCUCUUUACAUUGGUGACGACCUCAGCCUCCUUGACGAAUUCGGUUUAACCUUGCUCACAAACCGGGAAGUUAUUUCGAUCAAUCAGGACGGCGUCCCGGCACGACCUGUCAGCCCCGGUGUAGCCCAGCAGGUCUGGUGGUCGCCUAAUAUUGGCGACGCUGUGCCAAGUUUUAUCGUGGGAUUGUUCAACCUUGCAGAACAGGAGGAAACUGUGGCGGCAAAUUGGGUUGAUUUCGGCUUCUCGGGGGCAGCAAACGUUCGAGAUGUUUGGGCCGGAUUGGAACUGGGAGUGUACACGGGCAGCUAUGCCGUUAGAGUGCCCACCCAUGGGUGUCGAUUGAUCAGAGUGACCCCAUUGGCGUCAUACUAGAAAAAUAUGUAUAACAUGUAAUAAAUUGGAAAAUCAAAAAUUGGAAAAAUAAACAAAUUUGCUCGUUUAGAAUUCUA